AUGGCUUUCUUUAGUUGGAAAGACCUGGACCUAUUGGAGUGUCACGAUAGGGUGUAUAGCACCAAGGGAUGCUUGUUCCAAAUCGUCGACAAAAUUAAGUUGGUUGAAUUGGAAGUGAUGAAGAUCUAUGAGCAAAUGUCUUGUCAUGCAAAUGUUAAUGAAUCUGAGAGUUAUUUGCUUGAAAGUUCAGCGGAGAAAAGUUCAGUAGUACAAGACAUUGUGGUUGGCUUAGACGAUGAUGUGUUGGAAAUAAAAACACGUUUUUGCUCUUUCUCGUUAAAGUUAGAGAUUGUCUCUCUUGUUGGUAUGGGUGGCAUUGGCAAAAGUACCCUUGCUAGAAUGGUUUAUGAUGAUCCCUUCAUUAAAUAUCACUUCAGUAUUCGUGCUUGGGUCACCGUGAAAGACCGUCAAGAGAAAGGAUUGUUUCUUGAUCUACUGGAUGGUAUUCUUGAGUUUACCGAUAAGAUUCAUGAGAAACAUAGUGAGCAAUUGGCAGAAAUGUUGUAUAGAAAGUUAAAGCAUAGUCGGUAUCUCAUCGUCUCGUAUGAUGUGUGGUCCACAGAGUUCUUGGAUUUGGAGGAAAGUUGGGAGCUUCUAUGUCGUAAGGUGGGUGGAAGAAAAUUUGACCGUCCAGAUUUAGAGGAUAUCGGAAAGAAGAUUGCAGAGCAAUGCCAAGGUCUACCUCUAACAAUUCUUGUGGUGGCUGGCCAGCUAUCUAAGUUACAAAGGACUAGGAUGUGUUGGCAGAUUUUCGCAAAAACUGUCGGUUCAAUUGUUACCGAUGAGCACGAGAAAUGCUUAGAUAUACUUGCUUUGAGAAAACAAAAGACCUUUGAAAACUAUGCAGAAGAAUGUUUGGAAGAUCUUGUGAAUCGAAAUCUCGCUAUUGUCAAACAGCGGAGAUCCAAUGGUCGAGUCAAAAGUUGUGUUGUCCAUGAUCUUCUGAGAGACAUUGGUUUGAGAGAAGCUCAAAGGGAGAAUUUUUUUCAUUUCCCUGAACUCUCUGACACAGCUGAUACUCUGCACUGUGUCCGCCGUCUCGGUAACUAUAGGGCUGCCUCUAUUGAAGUUCCCUGGAAGCCACUGCUUCCCCUCUCCCGAACUUUACUCCUUUCCGGUUAUCCAAGAUCUCUGCCACGCUCUCAGUUGCAUGGUCCUUUACUAAAUAAAUUGUUGAGAGUAUUGGACAUACUACAUAUUGCCUUUGAUUUUUUCCCUCCUCAAGUUUUGCAGCUGGUUCAUUUAAGGUAUGUUGCGCUAGCAGUUCAUGAACCCGAAUGCCCUGAAUCGAUUUCAAGGCUGUGGAACUUACAGACCUUCAUUUUGGCUACACGUGAAAGCUUGAAUCUGCCAAAAACCGUAUGGGAAAUGGAAAACUUAAGGCAUGUGUGUUUGGGUAAAGGGUGUUUCUUACCAAAUCCCACGUCUGGCUUCAAUGGUUGUAAGGUUUUAACAAAUCUACAAACAAUAACCUAUAUGGACCCAACGAGUUGUACAAGAGAAGUCACCGAGAAUAUUCCCCAUCUCAAAAAAUUGGCAAUACGAGGACGAGGUGAAUGGGAUAGCAGUCAGCCGUCAUCCUAUGAUCUCUAUAGUCUUUUCUACUUGAAGCAGCUCGAAAAGUUGAAGCGUCGCUACCACAACUUGUUGAGCAUGGAUUUUUGCCCGUCAAACCUCAAGAAGUUGGUUCUGAAUAGCAAAAGUCAAGAGAGAUUGCCUGGUUUUAGUCAGUGGCCGGCGGACACAGGAACCCAAUCGUGGAGUGAACUAGAACAUGAAACCAUAAGCUCCCUAGUAGUGGGAGGUGUCAAGUAUCUUGACCGCGAUGACUCAUAUGCAGUGGUUUGGUUAAGGGAACCCACCGAAGCUGUAGCAAAAGCGAGUCCUUGUAGGCAAUUGUCACUGCUUAUGGACCCGAACCUGGGUGAUUCUAUCCGUGACCAGGAUGAAGGUUGGGAAAUGAAUUGA